GGAUUAUCCCCCUUGCAUUUAGCUGUUUAUCACGGACGAGCAUCAUGUGUUGAAGUACUUUUAAAUAAUGGAUGUAAAGUAGAUGCACGAACAAGGUUUGGUUGUACUCCGCUACAUAAUGCUGCCUAUUUUGAGAAAUCCGAUUGCGCAAGGUUGCUAUUAAAGUUUGGUGCUGAUAUUAAUGCAGUUGAAUCUUGGGGACAGACACCAUUGCUUCUAGCAGCACAGAAAGGCAGUGCUGAUUUACUUCGAUUACUAAUUGAUCAUGGGGCUGCUGGUAACAUUGUUAGUAAAGUUCAA